GGCAAUUUCAUCAGACGGCUCGACCUAUUCGUUCCUUUCACUUCUUCGGUCCUUCUUACGACUCAGUGUUCCGUCUGUCCCUUUGUCAUCACGUCCACCUCACCCACCUUCACCCACCUUCGUCUUCUGCAGUCUUCUUGACGUUCACUUGGAUUGGCCCCCGUGCUUGUUCCGUCGUUUCCCCUGGGCGGUUCUCGCAAUAGCGCUUAGCUAGCAACUCUUUCUUUUCUCUUCUCUCCGUGCGGUCGGCAAGGAGCUGGUGCUCCCCCGUGCUGCGGUAUUGUCGUCCGGAUGGCGCAGUACAGCACUUUGCCGGCUGUCGAGCAGCAGCCUGUGAAGGCGCAUCUGUCGACUCCAGCGCCUACGAUGGACCCUUUGGGCAAAUACACGCUGAAGCAUCAAGGUGCUUUCUCUGCGGUGGAGGCCAUCGUGGCGAAGGAGGAUGGGCUAACGAGCUUGAAGGCCGUGGGCCGGGCGAUGGUGACCAUGCACAAUAACGUGGAUUUGCGCGUCGAGCUAGAAGGCGGCAUGGGUCAAGCUUGCUGUCGCUGCUGCUGCGCAGGUUCGUCCGCUUUCUUGACGCACUUCUUCAUCAAGCCGGAACUGCCGCCCGGAACACGUGGCGACGUGCUGUUGGCCCCGUCAGUCCCGGGAGAAACCAUCCUGCUUCAUCUCCAGGGUUCAGGGGAUGACUGGAUUAUGCAGAAGGGCGCUUUCUUGGCCUGCGAUCCGGAGAUAGAGAUCGGAGUUCACACCCAAGGGGUAGUCACGGGGUGUUUCGGUGGGGAGGGCAUCUUCGUCCUGAGGGCAUCUGGCCGAGGCCGCUUGCUGGUGAGCUCGUUCGGCAGCAUUAUCAGGUACGACCUAGGCCCCGGGGAGGUUCGCAAAAUUGACAACGGGGCGUUGGUGGCUUGGCAAUCUCACAUGGAUUACACCGUGGGCAAGGCAUCGAGAUCCCUCUUUGCGACUAUCUUCAGCUCUGAAGGAUUUGUCACGCGAUUCACAGGACCUGGCACUGUCUUCGCUCAGACACGUACCGUCAAAGGACUCGCCGACGCAAUCGCUCCGUACCUUCCUUACCAGAGUGCGGGUGGAGACGGCGGUGCAGGUGCAGAUGCAGGUGCAGGGUCCGGGUAACGCUCUUCUUCUCCUCUCUCUCUCUCUCUCUCUCUCUCUCUCUCUCUCUCUCUCUCUCUCUCNCUCUCUCUCUCUCUCUCUCUCUCUCUCUCUCUCUCUCUCUCUCUCUCUCUCUCUCUACGUCUCUCUACCGUCUUCCCCCGAACACAAUGCACCCUGAUUGACCGGAAAUAUAGUUACGGUACAUUCAUUAGCAGGGUGCGUUAUGCUUGGGGGAAGACGGUAGUAUCCUCAGCCUCUGGCUGUUCUUAUCUCUUUCGUUGCUUCCCGUCCAUCUUUGCGGAAAAAACGAGGGCAACGUGAAAGGGAUGCUACGCGAUUCCAUCGAGGAUCGGGUGAGAUCUCCGUUUUCUGCUUGCUCCAUCUCCACCCCCUCAUCACCUCUUCUUUCUAUCCCCUAAUCUACUGACCUAACGCUCAAACUAACACCGUAGUUGAACUCGCACGGCCCCAAAAUCUCCGAACUAACAAAGACGAUUAGCGCUAUCCUCCGAUUAUUACUAUUACGUUUAUCCUAUCCUUCCUGGAUUGAGUUUAGAUUAUCCUUUGAAUAGGUUGGUCCUUCGGUAAUUAGUUUGAAUCCUUCGUUGAUUAGAUUCAAAAGUAGCACUUUUGGUUGGGGGUUAACUUUUAUCGGUCGCCGGUCAUGUAUCGAUCGGACAGGGAUGUAUAUAACCUGUAUAUAACAUUGCCGUAAUAUAUGUGACACUGGCGUUGCUGACAUAACAUUUUUGACGUAUUGAUAGCUUUGGAGGUAUGUUGCAGCAGUUUUUUUUUUUUUUGUUUUGGGAGCAGCAGUAUUUUCAAUCGGAAGGAAACUUGUAAACGAACGAGAGAAAGUUUAGAAGACAUUCUGGAGAAGCUGGUUGGUUGAUAAUCAAGCGCGAGAGAGAAAUAUGGUCAUCAACUUGAAGGAUUGAUUGACCCAUCUAUCAUCGCCGACGAUGGCAAGUUUUUUUGCCGCUUUACCCUCCGCGUGCGACUCAAAUUUUAUUUAUUCGACCUGAUUCGCCAGGCUGCAACCUGGUAUUACUGCAUUACCUUGAUCUGAUUCGUUAAGAUUCGUCCUGCUGAUCUGUUUAUUACUCGUUAGAUGCCUGUAUCAUUCAGUCACAUGGGCUGAAUUUUGCCUGGUUUUCAAAUUGCUGUUUGUCCCCCUCCCUCCGGCGUCGCGUGCGAAGACCAACCGGGCUGUCCACCUGUGUGUUUGUGUGUGUUUUGUGUGUGUUGUUGUUGUGUGCGUGUGUGCGUGUGUGUUUGUGUGUGUGUGUGUGCGUUCCGUGUGUGUCCGUGUGUGUGCGUGUGUGCGUGUGAGCGCAUGCCUGUGUGUGAAUGUGUGCGUGUGUGCGUGUGUGUGUGUGUGUGUGUGUGUGUGUGUGUGUGUGUGUUCGUGCGUUUUCACCUCGAUGUGGAGAGCCGCAGAAUGUUCUUUCCCCCCCAACUCCCCUCCUUUUCCCUCUUCUCGCGGUUGGUCCUGAUUGUUUUUGGUCGUUCCGUUUUCUUUGUUUCGAGAUGUUCUUCUCUGUGUGUCGCCGAACCGAUCUAUCAGGAUAGUGAACGCUUAUGGUUUCUCGCUUUUAUUUGCUCCCGUGUUCCACGCUUUGUUGUGUAUCUGUUUCAUAUCUUAUGAUACACCUGCGUCGUGGCCAAAUAGCACGCAUCUAGCAGCCAAUAAUAGCAGUAGUAAAGGGUAAAGUCGAGAGCUGGGAACGCAGGGCUCAAGGGGCAAGCUUACAUCUUCAUCCUGCGCUAGGCAGUCAAUCCCUCUCUAUGGACGAAGAGGUAAUCAAUGCUGUUCCGCCAAGUUCUGGUUUUCAUUCAUACCUGAGAGGAUGUUUCAUCGGACGAUGGACCCGGACCGGUUUCCGGGAUGUGCCACUCAUCACGAAAAAGAAAAGGUCGAAAGCUGGGGGUUCCACCAUUCUCUUCGUGUGGUGCAUUCACAAUGUGUUUGGACGCGAUAUUCGUCAAUAUUCGACAAUAUUCGACAAUAUUUGUCGAGUAUUCGGUCGAUGCAUCCGCGAUGUUUUGGGGCGCGAUAUUCGUCAAUAUUGUUGAGUAAUUUGGUCGAUGCAUUCACGAUGUUUUGGGCGCGAUAUUCGUCAAUAUUUGUUGAGUAUCUGGUCGAUGUUUGCGUCAGUUCCGUCCAGUAAUGGUCCGACAGCAGUUGUAGUUCUGUUCCGUUCAUCUGGUUGACGUUGGAUUCGAACUCGGGUAUGUAAUUCAAGAGUUACUGGCUUUACCAGCUAAGCUAAGGCCCGUCGGUGAUAUUAUUAUCGAAGUAAGGGAGUGGCAGACGUAGAGGAAGUGCCUUUUACCCCCCAAAGGGGAAACUACGCGGGAGUCAUAAAAAUGAGUUAUAAUUGCAUUGCCGGCCAAGAUACAGUUUUUUUUUUUUUCCUUUUUUUAAAUAAAGGACGACGGCGUCA